AUGCUUGAGGUGAUGACAGGGCGCCCCAUCAAGGGGCGGGUUACCGCCGAUUCUGUCGUUCCCUCCGAUGAAGAGGCGGGUCAGCAACUGCACAUCCUUCCCUGGGUCCAGCAGCAGCUGGCUCAAUAUGGCGGCAGUGAGGCAGUGGCAAGUCUCAAGGACGCGCGCAUGGAGGCGCGGGAUGAGUUGGUGUUGAGGGUGGUGCAGCUGGCACUGCGAUGCACCGCCAUGCCGAGUGCCACGCGGCCGGCCAUGGGGUUGAUUGCAGCCGAGCUGGAGGCCGUGCUCGUGGAGCUGGGCGGUGGCAACUCCGCCGCCCGUCAGGUGGACCAGCAGGUGGAGUCGCAGGGACAGCCACCUAUGGAUUUUGAUGAGGAGAUGGCGCGUGUGAAUGCAUUGGUAGUUCACAGCUGA